UCACCCUAACCAUAACUGCUAAAUAUUGCAUCUCACAGGUGGAUGUUGAUGUAUUUUCGUGUGCCGGUGCUUGAAACAAUUGUUAAUAAUUUCUAUGUAGAACUUAUCUUGACAUUGGUAUCAAAAUAUACGUCCAAACACUAGUUCAAUUUGGUUAGAACAUGCGUUUCAUCAAUAAAUUCGAUGCAAUUUCAUUAGAAUGAGGUCAACAGUGUUCCAAAAAAUGAGGAAACCCCCAUUUGUCAGAAUCAUUGUUAUGAAUGUUAAGAAAAACAUGUAAAUCCCGUUUUUAUAAACGUUUCAUAAAAGUGACUCGUUUGGUGUGAUUUUAUAAAAAGGGUCGAUUCAAAAUGGACGAGUUGCCAGAAGACCCAUCUCUUGUCAAUAUUAAAAAUGAGGUCAUGCAACUUCCAGAAGUUGACAGUUUGUCAACAAACAAUUCUGCAACCUUUUCUGACAGUCACGAAUAUUCCCUGGAAACAACAGUUAAAUCUGAAGAGGAUGAGAGUCAAGAAAUCUUAUUUGACCCCUCCAUAGAUCUCAAUGAAGAACUUCAGGCUGGAUACAGAAUUCUCACAGAUCUCAUGGCUCAUGCCCACAAAUAUGUGAAUUGGCCUUUCAUGGAAUCAGUCCAAAAUACAGAUCCAGCUCUCUAUGAAGAAUACAAGCUGAAGAUAAAAAAGCCCAUUUGGCUCAAACUGAUGAAACAUAAAUUUGAAACGAUGGAAUACACCUCAAUCACUCAGUUUGUCUCCGAUUUCCGCCUGAUGUUGGAGAACUGUUACCACUUCAAUGGCCCAGAUCACUUUAUUUCAAAACGAGCUCUGAAAAUGGAGAUGAUGUUGGAACAGAAAUUAGCGCUUCUAUCAAGGGAUAUACGAGACAAGACAUCACUAAAUGCCACAUCAGGAGAACGAGAUUGUGACCAGUCAAGCUCCCUUGGUUUGCGGCGCCGUCCACGUUCCCAUGUGCCUCACAACUCCAACCUGCUUAUGAACCAGUUGCGGGAAGAACAGAUCCAACGGAAGAAGGAGCGUCGUCGGCAGCAGAUCAUGGACCGACGCGCAGAACGGGAGGCCCUGGCACAGGAAAUCACGACCUGGGAGGACAACAUACUUUUUGAUGGCAAGAAGGACGAGAUGAAAGCUAUGUGGGAGAUUCCGCAGAUUGGAUUGUUUCUGUUCCUGCUACAGAGUCCGCUUAACAUUGGAGAGGUUAUGCACUUCGAGCUGGAGCGCUGCUUUAUGAUACCACGGGAGAGCUCCACCAUGCAAAGAAUCAUGACAUCCCUCCUCAGCACACCUUUCCAGAGAUUCAAAAUAGACAAAAAGAGCCUGAUGCCAUACAAGGUGUGGGAGUCCAAACUGCGCUAUAAGUUCCAAGUCUGGUACAAGAUGUACGCUGACUCCAGAAACAACAGGGAAAAGACCUGUUUUAAACUUGGCAUAGAAGAGCAAUUCUUUGAUGUUGUAGGAGACACAAGUCCCCUUGAGAGGAAACAAUACCAUGAGUUGGGCAUGUACAAGAAAGUCUGGAUCAUGAAGGCCCUGUGUGAUCAUUGUCUUCACAUGCAGGAGACACUAAGGGACAUAAUUGAGCUUCAAUCGUUCGAGGACCAGCGAGAACUUGUGCUGGGAACCGACUCAUCAGGCCAACGUUACAUCCAUUUCCCUCAGUUCUGCGGAGCAGACGUGCGCGUGUACAGGCAGGCGCCCGUCAAGUACCCGAAACUAGUGAUCAAGCCUGAUCCAUUUGAGAGCAAAAGAAAGUACCCAUUUGUAUACAAACCCCCGCCAAUAAAGAAGAUGAAAUUGAAAACGAAAAAGAAAUCUCAGCCCUCUCCAGUGAAGCAGACCCAGAGUUCCCCGCGUGACUCCCCCCUCAGACAACGACCUAGCAGACUUAGACAGGCUCCGAAGUCUGUGAUGCCUCUCCAGCUUGGAUAUGAGACUCCACUUACAGAGGACUACAGCAACGAUGAUGAUGAUGAUGAUGAUGAUGAUGAUGAUGAUGAUGAUGACAACAGCAGCAGUAUUGGUGGUGAGGAGCACCAACAAGAUGACACUAGUGUAGUCAGUGAGCCUGUGCCUGGGCCAAGUGGCAUUGGCAAAUCCUGUGAUCUCAAACACAUGGACAAUGCAUUAGAGGAUGUGGAUAACAGAUCUGAUGUCAGUUGUGCGAGUGAUGCUACUGUUCCAUAUUGUGAAGAAAGUGAUUCAAAUAGUAAUCUGAGUUCUCGCGAAUGCUCGCGGGAAUCAAGUCCCAUUCGGACAGGACGUGAUCUCAGUAGUCAGUUGGGUUCAACCCGAAACCAGUGUAGUGAUAUUUCUCGGGAAUCCAGCCCCUGUAUAUCCCCUGCAGACUUUCUUCCUAGGCGUAGUGCUCGACUUGAUAGAAGUGCUGACAAUUCUCGAGAUGCCAGUCCUCUAAUAUUUGAUGCAGAUUUUGGUCUCCGACGUGGCAGUCAACGGCGCCGAGUGUUAAAAAAUAUUCCACCCUAUAAUGCAGCCCGAGACCUAAGCAGUUUUUUGUUAGAUGAAAAUUCUGCCUCAAACUCUAGCAUGACUGGUGAAAACAGUUUAUCAGGGCAGGGUACAAGUCGGUGGCAAGAUAAACAGAAAACCAGUCGGCAGAGUUCAUGCGACACAGGUGAGGAUGACAACAGCAAUUUCUGUGAUAUUCGUAACCUUUUCUCCACCUCCAAGACUUUGGACGACCUCCAGUCAGCAUUGUCUCUUGACGAGGGGCUUGUUGAUUCAGAGGGAAUGGAGGCUGAGGAUAUAUCAGGGAGUAAUGGUGCAUUACAGUGUGAUGAUAGUGGCCAGGUUGGUAAGAAGGGGGGUGUAAAGGAGAAUGGGGAUAGUUUGACUAAUGAUAGCUCUGUGGGUAAAGGGAAACAGUCUCAGGUUGAAAAUAACACCGCAGUAAGUGGAGAACAUGUCAAAGAAUCCAUUGCUACCAGUGAAUCAGUAACAUCGGGGAUAACAACUUUGUGUGGUAAUGUAGGGGUGUCAUUGAACAGAGGGGAGAAGAGUUAUUUACAGACACAAAAAGGCCAGUCUACAAACGAGGGGAUAGAAUCAGGUAUAUCCAAUUAUGUGCAGAGUAAUGGAGAAAAGGAGGAUUUAAAUGAACCUGGAACUGUAACAGAUAUGACUAGUAUUAAACAGCUUGAGGAGAAUUCUCAACAACAUACUGAAAACCAUUCUCUUAGUAAGUCAAUGAAUGAAAGUGCUACGGUAGAACAUCAUGAACGCAAUAAAGAAAAUGAAAAGCUAAAUUCUGAGGAUGUUGAUAAGAAGAGUGUUCAAAGUAGUGACAAUGAUGUCAUGAAUCAGGAUAGUGCUCCUAAGUCUUGUGAAAUAAAAAACUCAGUUGCAAGAAUCUCAGAAAACAAUGAGGUACAUCAUGUAGUGGAAGAUAUCAAGUCUAAAAGUUCUCGUGAUUUUUUGGUUAGCCAGGUAAGUGAUAUUGAGUGUGAAGAAAAUGGCAAUGUUCAAGUAAAAAUUGAACCAAAAGUUGAAAUGGAAGAAAAAGUGACUAUAAAAAAAGAAUUUGUUAAUGAUGACAGCAGAAAAGAAAAACCAGAGAUGAUGAAAGAAGAACUGGACUCCUUAAAGGACGAAACAAUGAAGGAAGAAAGUGACGAUGAUGGAAGCCUUGAGAUUAAGAGAGAAGUGAAGGAUAAGGAUGUAAAGACAGAGGUUAAGGCGGAGUCAGACAGUGAAGACGAAGUGUUGCCGGACCCGGAGGAGUUCAUGAUGGUUGCUGACAGUGUGGAGCAGUUGCGUCUACUGGCUCAGCAGUUUGCUGAACCUGAACCCAUACCAGGCCGCAGAUUUAAGAAAAACAUGACACCCCAACCACCCCCACGGAAGAAGAACAUCGUGGAGCUCCAUGAACGGGUGCUGUGCCUGCUUCGUGAACUGGAACCCUGGGAACACAAGUUGCUCCAGGCAACGCGGAACGCCCGCAUCCGUAUGAGACGGGAGCUGGAGGAUUAUGUCGAACCUGACGAAGAAAAUGCUGACUGGAACACGUCCGAUGAGGAGGCCACAGAGUCCGGAGACUCAGAGGCAGAAGUGAAGGAGGAGGCUGAGACCAAAACAUCCAAGCCCAGGCUUCCUGUCAGCGAGAACACCUCCCGUGCUAGCACCCCUGUGAAGCCUGCCGAGGAAGGCGAUAUUGAUAUUAGUCAGCGAGGUCGACUUCGCAAACGUCGAAUCAUUCCAAAUAAUGUCGAGGACCAGUAUGCAACGAAGAAGUCACGUCCAGUGAAACCUGAGCAUGCUUCAACCCAUUCUCAGACAGACCAACUUCCAAUGGUAGUACAGAGUGGAAAGACUCAAUUUGUUGACUAUACUGACAUUCUAAAGCAGCUUAAAAACAACCCUGUUGUGAAACCAGUGCUAAUCAAAUCCAUUCAAGGUGGAAAGACAGUCAUUACAAGUGUAAUACCUGUGUCAUUAAGCUCAACAAAUGCCAGUGUGUCUGAGACUUUGAGCAUACAGGAUGUGAAAUUCACCCAAUCUACAUCAGUCACACUCACAGGCACUUCUUCAUGUAUCGACCCCAACACGACCCCACCCCCAGGGAUGAGACUUGCAUCCCCUGGGGGGUCGGAGAAGAUAGCCCAUCACCCGACAAUCCGCACUCUCCUGUCGACUAGCCUGGCUCCACCCCCCUCCUCAACUGCCAUAUUGGGGACCAACUCCUCUGUGCUAACUACUGGUAUGGACAUAGAAGGGACAGUAGAAGUAAGUGGCGUUUCAGUCACCUCCCCCCUGUUCAUAUCCACUAUAGAAACCCAGCAGUCCCCUAGGGUCACAGUAGCUGUUAAUGGAUCCACCACACCAUCCAAGUUCCCAAUACCUCGGCUGGGGAACCCAACAGCAAACCAGAUAGCAAAACCAAGGAAGAUUGCUCCCAAUACUUCAGUUGUGGCUUCAUCCGCAGCCACAGAUGUCAAUGUCAGCACUUCUCACACAAGAUACUAUGCAGCCAAUGCAAGCACUUUGCCAAUUAACGUUGUUCAGCAACUGAUAAGUGAGAGAGGUGCUAAAAUUUCACAAGGAGCGUACAAUCAAACAAUUUUACUCAUUCCUAUGGGUAAUGAUUGGCAAACUAAAAGUCAGAAUGCAACGAAACCUGAAACAGUAACUACCCCGCCCACACCCACAAAGACAACAGUUAUCACCCUAGCAUCCAACCCCACUGGUUCCCAAGUGUCUCCACUUCCUGUAUACAGUGCCAGUCCGGUUAGCUCUGUGACAAUGGCUGCAAAGACUUCGCCCAAUCAGCUUAUCUUGCCAAAGCCGCCCAUAGUUUCUGCUCUGCAGACUCUCACCAGACCCUCUGUUAUGCUGGGACCCCCUGGAGCUGGGGUCACACCAACAGGGAUGAGUCCAAACCGGCUUGUCUCUCCUGUGCCACAUUAUCUGAAGUACCCUAAUAAUGAGACAGUCAGAAACCUUCUGGACAAGCGGAAAUCCAGCGAUGAAAAGAAGCCUCCAUACAAAUUCAUGAAGCUCUUUCUCAGCACGACAAAACCGGAGACUCUAAGUUUAUCAGAGUUCUCGAGUUUGUCCAGCUCCAUAUCAUCCCAAGCAGCCAUAAGUGCAGACACUAGUCUAUCAACAACAUCCCCCAAAAAUCCAGCCUCGAUGGCUUAUCAGACUUCAGCUGUUGUUCCAAUUAUUAACAAGAUGAUUUUAAAAGAACCAAUCUCCACGGACCAAGCAGCCAUCAAUGCAAUCAGAGCCCAGCAAUGUGUAGUCACAUCAAUAUCUCCUGCAAAGCUGAACACCCUUUUGUUACAGACCAGUGCAGCAGGGGCAAAAAUACUACCAUCAGUGAUCAAGCUGCCCAGCAAAGCAGCACUAGAUUCAGCAGUAAAAGCAGUGGUAACAAGCGUGAACACUUCUCUGCCAACAGUUAAUAUCAAGGUACCAUCACCAACAUCUCUGCCAAGCAUUGGUCCGAGAAGAAAUGUCACAAAGACUGUACAGACAAUGAAGUCUCCCAUUACCGCGGCACCAAAAGUGGUGACACAGUGUUCUGGAGGCCAGGCCCGUCUCACUCCGACUAACACUAACAUAUCUUCUGCCGCCCUCACGAGUCAUGCACAGUCAGCACAGCUGCCAUCUCUUACACCCGGAGCCUCUGCUGUCGUACAGGGCAAAGAUGGUAAAAUGGGGGUCGCCAAGUUUACCCCUCACCUCCUGAUUACAUCCAAGGGAGUGAUGCAAGUUGGUUACGUAAAUGCUGACAGUGUGGCAUCUGGUAGUGUCAGUCCUGAAAAUACUGUUGUAAGCAGUGAGGGUACUCCUGCCUCAAUGGUGCCUGUCCUGCUACCAGUGGCACAGAAUGCAAUCUCAACAACCAUUAGUCCGACAUCUGAUUCCUCUGAUUCAUCAGAUGGAUCUACCAAGAAAGGCACCAAGCCUGUUAUCGCCUUGAAUGCAAAUGGUAUUCCUAUUGGAGCUGUUCGCCUUGCAACAAGUUCUACAAGUAAGCAGAUGUUGGGUCCAUUAGCCACUCCUGUCAUUAGCUGCUCAGUUGCUGUUAACCCAGAAAUCAAACCAAGUGUUGGAAAUAUGGCUAAUCUGUUAUCCAAAAUCUCUGUUGCCAGCAGUCCAUCUGCUGGAAUGAACAAGCCCAGUUUAGUUUCACCUUUAAUGAACCUGAAACAGGGCAACAUGGUGGUACCAGGUGGUGUUCAACUUACAAAUCCUCUCAUGAAUAAGCUGGGCUUAAACCUGUUACAACAUGGAGUUCAGCCAGCACAGAAUACAACCCUCCUUCAAACGCUUCAAACAAUAUCAACAACUGCAACUUCAUCACCAUUGGUAGGCAUAAAUCCUUUAUUAUUAAAUGCGUCUGCUAUGAGCAAACCAGCACUGCUUCUAAACCAUGAGAAACUGCAAGUCAAUGUAAACCCAGCAUCCUCACCAUUUCUUACACAGACAUCUAACCUUGUGUCACCCAUAAGGCAGGUGAUGGCUCAGCCUGUGGCUGCAGCAAAUCCUCAGUUGAAUCUUCUCACUCCGAUGUCAGUCACGUCAAGCCCUGCCCAGCGCCAGUUGGUAUUCCAGUACCCCUCCGCAGGACAGCAGCUUGCUGCCCUUGGGUCUCGUGUGUCCCAGUCACUCCAGCAAGUGGGCUCCCAAGCCCCUCCUUCCACGCCUGUCUCCCGCCAGACACUGACGAGGCUUCUUACCACUCCCAUUACAGGAGCAGAUGGAAAAACACAAACUACUUCAAUCUACACCCUAGCCAACACAGUCGUUUCCCAAACUGCAAGUUUAGCCGUUAACCAUGACAAUAAGGCAUCACUAGAUGUUAAAUUGCCUAAGGGUGUGAUAACUCCUGCUGUUAUACAGAUACCAAGGACCGCCUUAACAGCAGAACAUGUUGCAGCAGCACAGAUUCAGACUGCUGCCUCACAAAAUCCAGCCCCUCCUAGACAGCAGAAACUGCUUCUGUUCAGCAUUGGAGGUCAGCUUGUGACAGGUCAAGGCAUUCCAGUCACUCUCAGCAAUGGUGUGCUGAAAGUUAUGCCUAAUGGGAAAGUGAAGAUCAAUAAUCAGACACUGACACAUGAGCAGGUGAAGCAAACUCUGUCAAAGAUUAACCACAAUGCAGCAGCUCUAGGCAUCAACCAAGGACCAGUGGUGACUAUUCAACAGACCUCCCCUUGCACUGAUGUUGUAUAUGACCAAAAUAACGUGCCUGUUAAAAUAAUGAAGCAAGGACAACAGUCUUCUCCCUCUGCCAUUACUGGAGUUGACCAGAAAAUUGUGCUUGUUCCAUCAGUGAAGCAAGAACCUGUCUCUGCUAAUGGUGAUUGUGCACAUCAAGCUGAGGAAAAGAUCAUUAGAAUUCGACCAUCUCAGUUGGCAAGUGCCAGCAAUAAUAGGCACAAUGGAUCAGAUUUACAGUCCGAACAUGAAGAACGAGCUCAAGGUUCAGGCUUAACAGUGUAUUCUUCAGAUAUGAAAAUCACCCAGGAAUCAGAACAAGAUAUGGUUGCAACAGAAAAAGAGCCACCUUCACUACCAAUGCAGAACAUUAUUAGUGGAGUUAAUUUUGCAAAUUUCUCAGUGAACAAGGAUGCAAGAGGGUUUGUUGUGAAGAAGCCAACAAUGAAAGAAUUAAACGGUUCAGGUGACGCAAGCUCAGUUGGAAGUUCACGCGAGGGUAGCAGUGUAGCGGAUGAGGAAGAUCACAAGCUCGUCAUUGAUGAUGAAGGUGUCAACGAAAAGGAGGCAGCCCUUAACCUUCUCUCACUUGCUAACCAGACGAUCAAAGAUGAAAAUCCUGAUGUUUAACCCUAGCCUGGGAUUUUGGACAAAAUUGGACAGUACAUGGGUGAACGUGAAAAGCAACCUUCUCUUUCUCAAGCAAACCAGGCUAUCAGGGAAGAAAAUAUGACAUGCCUGGGUAGAUUCAGGUGUAGCAGUCCCUGUAUGUGACAAGUUGAUAUUUAUGUGCAGGUAUAAGGGGGAUACUUUGCAGGUUAUCUUGAUAAGCAUUGGAAUUAGAUAUUGACAAAAACAAUUGGCUGUUUGAACUUCCUAAGUGUAAUUGUGGGGACCACAAAACACGAAGUGCCCCAACAUAUCUUGUGAAAUUCCGGAUUUGUGGACAAAACUGGAGUGAAAAUAAAACAGUUUCUCUUAUCAAUUUUUGAUGUCACUCAAAACCUUUUUGUUUAAACUCCAGGUGACUGUAUCUUGGUACUACCUGUAUAUAUACAUAUUGGCUCUGUUGGUCAACUGGGUUUUAAUAACAUUGUAUUUUGCCAUAAAAAAAUCAUACAUCAUUGCAAUUUGAAGUCAAUUUUGUUAUAUAUUUAUUAUUUCUCAAAAUGCUGUAUAAUACAUUUUUUUUGUUGGAUUACAACAAUGACAUAGUCUUAGCCGAAGUAUGAAUAAUCCAAUUAUAUCUGUUCAAAGCAAGACAAAUUAUUUAAGAAAGAUAAAACCAGUGUUGUUUUUAUAAGAAUGUUAUUAACUACCAAAGUCUUGACACCAAAUUUCAUGUAUUUUUCUGAAAAAUUUGGUUUCUUUUACAUUUUUACAUUUUGUAAGUAAUGCAUUCAAUAUUUAUUUUUACACCAAAUGCAGAAUGUUGUAUUCUGAACAAUGGUUAAAGCAAAUUCCAAUAAGUGUUGAAUGGCACAUAAAUAAUAAUUCUAGGUAAACAUUUGUAUCUAUUUUGGCUACCGUAGAUUUUUGGAACUUGCGUUUUUCAAAACUUCACUAAAAAUUGUAAAUAGUCUAUAUUGUUUUAUAUUGGUAAAACUAUUUAAGAAGUUCUUAAUUACAUCAUGUUAAGCUUAUUUUAAAGUUUGGAUCAAUGUUUGUUAUCGAUGCUAUGGUUUUAUAUGUAUACGAAGUUCCGUUAAGUAGACUAUGUUUUGAGAGAAAAGAUUGUUUCCAAUAAAUUCUAUUUCAUAUA